AUGCUGCAGCGGCUUCUCGUCCACGCUUCGCUUGAAGAGUAACUAGCAGCUCGCUUACCUAUGCGAUGGAUAGAAGUUUGCAAUCUCCGAAGAAUAUCGUACUGGACCUAGUAUCAUUUAUCGAACGCGUUUUCACCAUCCGUGGCAAAACCUUCAAGGUAUAAGAAGAAUCGCACCAUCGUCGCUCUCCCUAGCUCCUCAGCUCUCAGCUCCCGUCGCCUUUUCUGGAGCCACCAUGUUCCUUAGCCAGUCCUUUGUCGUCCUUGUCGUUCUUGCACUUGCCAUUUCGGCGACGGCUGUCGUCCGCCACACGCCGACGAUCACUCUGCCCAUCACGAAGCAUUUCAACACGACUGGCACGCUCAACCUGCUCGUACAGGACCAGGCUCGUGCGAAGUGGCUCAAGUCUCGCGCCAAGGGCGAGCACCUUGCUCAGCGUGAGGAAAGCCUACCCAUUACCAACGUCGCUGUCAGCUACACUGCUGCAAUUAGCGUCGGGAAUCCUGCCACGACCUACACUCUCAUUGUUGACACUGGCAGUUCAAACACCUGGGUCGGUGCUGGCACCAAGUACGUCGCUACCUCUACCAGCAUGAACACCGGCGAGUCUGUGUCUGUCACCUACGGCUCUGGAUCUUUCUCUGGCACAGAAUACACCGAUCAGAUCACUCUUGGCAGCCUCGCUAUCAAAGACCAAUCCAUCGGUGUGGCAUCGCAGUCACAGGGCUUCCAGGGUGUUGACGGUAUUCUGGGCAUCGGUCCUGUCUCCCUCACUUGGGGUACUGUCAACAACACGGACACUGUUCCUACUGUCGCUGAUAAUCUGUUCUCCCAGGGUACCAUCUCCACCGAGGUUGUUGCUGUCUCUUUCGAGCCGACUACUAAGGAGAGCGUGACAAACGGUGAGCUGACUUUCGGUGACACCGAUUCGAGCAAGUAUACAGGCUCUAUCAGCUACACCCCUUUGACGCAAACUGAGCCCGCUUGUUAUUACUGGGGCAUCGAUCAAUCCAUCACCUACGGCAGCACCAGCAUACUGUCCACUACCGCCGGUAUCGUCGACACUGGCACUACCCUCACUCUCAUCGCUUCUGAUGCGCUUCAAAAUUACCAGAAAGCCACAGGCGCGAACUUGGACAACGCCACCGGUUUCCUCCGCAUCUCAAGCUGGCAGUACGACAACCUCCAGAACCUGGACUUCAAUAUCGGCGGUAACACCUAUGCCCUCACUCCGAAUGCCCAGAUCUGGCCUCGUUCCCUCAACUCAUAUAUAGGCGGCGACUCGUACCACGUAUACCUCAUCGUUGGCGACAUUGGCAGUGACUUCGGCGAGGGCUUCGACUUCAUCAACGGCCAGACUUGGCUGGAGAGGUUCUACUCCGUCUACGUUGCCGGUGUUAUUCAGCAGCAGCAGCCGCCGCCAUGCAGCGUACCCGUCUUAGGCAUGCGACCUAUGCUUCUCGUUGCGCGCCGCUAUGAUGCGACCCCGCAGUUCUAUUCUGCGACCGACACCUCGACCUAGAUUCCGCAUGUCACUACAUGCUGCUAAUUUAUCAUAUAUGAGCCUUCCGGGGAUAACGGCGCAUCCUUGAGGAAAUCCUGUGACAGCGCUACCGACUCGUGAUCGCUUAACGGAAUGCUGCACAUAUCACGCCCACCUACUGGUGUUGACAGUACCCACAUUGAUAUUGUGGAGGGGCUUUGGUGCACGAUAGCAUUCUCUACCAGAUUUUCAGAGAUUCCUCAGCUACCAUGUGGGCUGUGUGAUACACACUGGCUACCGCACGGGCCGAAUGCGGUAUGG